ACGAUCGACCACAAUCGACCCUGGCUUAAACGUGUUGAAUCAGACCUGAUCAGACCAUGAUGAAUUUCAUUCGAUUGCGAUUGAAUGAGAGUAAAGCAGAGUAAAGAGAACUGAAAGAGAAUAUGAUCAGGAUCAGAACAGCUGAGAUUGGCUGAGAUCCUGGCAGAUCCUGAACAUCUCUUUUCAAUUCCAAGUGAGAUAAAGAAAGCAUUAUUAAAGACGGUCAGUGAUGUUCUCUGGAUCGCGGACUCUUUUAAGCAUGUGAUGACUAAUUAUCACUGCCGGUGACUAAGAAAUCAUUCAUUGGCGAACAUUGAAUUAAUUAAUCAUUCGAUACUUCCAUGGUGUAUACAAUGCGACAAACUUGUCUCUCGAUGUGGUUUACUCCUGGUUGGUCUCUUAAUAGGCCGAUGGUAAUCGAAUUACUAUAUUGUCUUUGAGAGACAGUUUAUUUCCUAUAAUACCUCUUUCAACCUUACAUUGUGGUGUAGUGUCUCAAUAUUCCUGACAUGGAUGUAACUUUGUGAAUAAUACGAUAUGAAUCGUAAACACCAAAUCACUGCAUUAAACAGAUGCAAAGUGAACAACAAGCUGGUGUUUUGACAAUUUCUUCAUAGUUGGAAAAAAUUUUAAGGUAACAAUGGAAAAGCCAAGGCCUUGUGGUUGUAAAGGAAUUCGGACCUGUCUAAUUUGUGAACAUGACUUUGGAAUUACUAAGCAGAACUUUAUAUUGGAAAAGGAUGCAAAAACCUAUGUGUUAUGCCCACUUUGUAAUAAAGCAUGGCCAGGUUGGGAUCUUGAUUUGUAUAAACAACACCCAAACCAUGAAGGGACACCCAUAAACUUUCCAGGAGUAUACAUUGAGUUGGAUUUCUUGACCAUUGAAGAGGAGAAGAAACUUAUGGAAGGAAUUGAUGAAAUGGAGUGGGAUCCGUCACAAAGUGGAAGAAGGAAGCAGAAUUUUGGGCCCAAGUGUAAUUUUAAAAAGCAGCGCUUAAAACUCGGAGAAUUCAAAGGCUUCCCUUUAUUCUCCAAGUUUGUUCAAGAAAAAUUCACACAAGUACCAAUUUUAAAACAAUUUCACACUAUAGAGCAGUGCUCACUAGAAUAUGAUCCUUCUCGAGGGGCUUCUAUUGACCCUCAUAUUGAUGAUUGCUGGAUAUGGGGAGAACGUGUUGUUACUGUAAAUUUAUUAUCAAGUUCUACUUUGACAAUGACCCGUUACUUGGGGAAUAUGGACAAGUAUAAUUUAAAAUGUGUUCCUGAGUAUCCACGAAUAUUGAAUGAUGAUGGGAGAGUCAUUUACCAACCAUUCCUGAAAUCGUGUAGUGAUAGAGAAAUUGUUACUUUCAAUGCAGAUAGAAAGUUGGAAGGAGACUAUUCAGAAUAUGAAGGUGUCUGUAGUCCAAUUGUGAGAAUUCCUAUGCCUCGUAGAUCGUUAUUAGUCAUAUAUGGUGCUGCUAGAUAUGAUUGGGAACAUCGUGUACUGCGAGAAGAUAUAAAAGAAAGGCGUGUUUGUUUAGCAUAUCGUGAAUUUACACCACCUUACCUGGAUGGAGAACAUGUUGAUAUUGGACAUGAAAUCCUAAAAUAUGCUAAGAAAUUUUGGUGUCAUUUACAAGGUUGAGAAUAGGCUUUGUCAUAGUAGAAUAUUUAUUGAAUUUUUAAUUGAAGUUUAUAAAUUGAUAUUUUAAUUAUUUACUUGUUUGGAAUGUAAAUGAGGGUUAUUUUUAAUAUUAAGAAUACAUUUACAAAUGUUUCUGUGUAGUAAUAGUGAUAUAUUUUAUUUUAUCCAUCAUAGAUAUGCGUUUUUUUUUUUUUUAUCAUCUAUGUUUCGCUUUUGAUCAAUGCAAUUUUAUCUUUCUUUUAAUGGUAAUUAUUUUGGAAUUGCAUGCCUUAAUAGCAGGUUAUAUAGUUGUUCAUCUAUUUUGUAAAUAUCAUAGAACAGUGAAAGUGUUGUUACUGGAUAUUAAGGUAAUUUUUAAAAUAAUUGUACUUUUCCUUUUCUAUUAAGUAAAGGCAAUCUUAUUCAUAAAGGUUAACUUAGUGUUUUUCUUUUUUGUUUGUAAAAAGCACCUGUUAUUGAAUAAAGCCAUUUGCAAAUUUUUGAGAUAGGAAUUUUGCAUAAAUAUUUAUAUACUUAUUGCAAUAGUAAUUUUGAAAAUAUUUUGUAUACAAUUUCUGUACAUAUUUUGGAUAUUAACUAUGGAAAUAUUUUGCAGUACAUUCUAACACUCAAGUUGUAAGAUCAUGACAUUCAUUUAAGACAUGAAUGUGGUAACUUGUUUAAAUUAGACUUAAAUGACAAAUUAGUCUGCUAAUUAAGAAACUCUAAAACAUUAUAGAAUUUUUUUUUUAAUAUACGGUCUUCAAUCUUUAAUGUGUUAGGUGUCAUAUUUUAACAAUUAAAAUCUAGCUAUUUUGUGCAGAAUUUCAACAACAAAUGAGAACCUUUUAAAAAGGAUUGUGAAUUUUAAAAUGUUUGUCUAGCCUAUAUUUGACUGAGGAGGGAGAGGUAGAAUGGUGUUUGGAAAAAUUACCAUAAUUUCUGGAAUUGAGAGUUUUAAGAUUAGAACAAACUAGGCCCAUGACUGUUCUGAACUUGUAAAAUAUGAAAAGAAAUGUUCCACAAUAAUAAUUGCUCUCAGUCAUGUUGGGAAGAAAAACAAAAUUCCAACCCCAAAGGGUUAAAUAUGCCAAAUCAUUUGUUAAAAAAAUUGGGUUUUUUGUAAAAUCCACAACCUCAUCCCACUUCUGCUGAGAGUUGACUUUUUGCAGUACCUGUGUAUGGCUUUGAAAUGUCUAAAACGUACUGAGAAACAUCUGAAAGAAAUUUGCAGGAUUUCUAUCUAUGGUUCCAUGUUUACAUUCUGGUGUCAAAAUUUUUGGAUGGGAAUGUAAGAAUGAGUAAUGAGAACAAAUUCAUUUUUUCACAAACUAAUUUUGAAAUUCUUUGUGUUAAUUUCAAUCAGGUUUCAUAAACACAAUUAAAUUAGACGUUCUAUAGAAUGACAUAGACUUUCUCAUAUUAGUUUUCUAUUUCCUUUUGUUUUGGCUAACUUUUCGGUUUUGCCCCAUCUCCUUCCCAGCUGUUGUAUAUCGCUGCCUAAUGUACAUUUUCUAUAUUUUCUGUUUUCAAUCAGUAGAUCUGAAAUAUAACUUUGAGAAUAUUAUGAAAGAGUAAAACCUCAUCCUACAUGAAAAUUUUAGUUGAAAAAUUGGGGAACCAUAUUUGAGAGAACUUUUAAACAUUUUUGUAAAUGCUAAAUUUGAAGCUUCAUUUCACGGAAAGCAUAUCCAAAAUCAUUUGAAGCACAUUCUCUAAUAAAUGCAAUAUCGUAUAGAAAUAAUUGGUUAUGUAAACAUUAAAAACUUCAGAUAUUUCCAAAAAAUUACAUGUGUGUAUUUUUUUUAAAAGGCAAAAAAUAUGUCAAAAUGUUGUAUAUGUCAUGUUAUUGGAUUGAAUUGAAUUGAAUUGAAUUGAAUUGAAUUUGCCUUAUUUUACGUGGCGAGACUCGGGCCAUCAGGCCCGCUCUUCCGUCUGACCACGCAAAUUUCGCUCCGCUCCUUUCACCAACUAGGAGAGAAAGGAGGUAUUUCUUGGGCGAGAAACAGGCGAUUUGAAUUUAGCUCAGAGGCGUCAUUUAGGCUUGAGGAUCUUUUACAUGCAAGUAAAUCUACUAACAUGGGACAGCCGGCUUUACUUCCCCUCCGAAGGAAGGCGUACGAAGGAUUUUUUCGCCCUUAAAAAUCCACGGCUUUGAUCGGGUUUGUACCUGCCAACUUACCCGCCAUGUUAUGCAGUCCAAUUAGUUCUGUGCAUUCAAAAGAAUUGAAAGAAUAAAUUUGGAGUCGUUUUUGAAGAAAUGGCAAUUGAGUGUUUCUUAAAAUGCACAUUUUUGAAUUCUUUUCACCCAAAAAUUUGAGUUUUCAAGAAACUUUAUAUAACAUAAUUCAAAGUACGUGUACUCAUAAGUGAAUGGUUUAUUUCAUAAACAAAAUGAGACAAUUUUUUGCUACUUUCACUUCUUAUUUCAGUCACAUUCUCUGUAACUAUAUACUUUGUUUGAGGCAGAUGCAGCACAAGUAAAACAAUUCUGGACGGUUUUUGGAAUAAACCUCCUACAGAUGUGACUCACUGUAUGCAGUAUAUAGUCGCAGACAGAGUUUUGUUUGUUAAAACUGAAAAGUUACUUUUCACUGACAAGUUGUUUCUGAAAUAAACCAUUCAAGUGCAAUAAUGUGAAAAAAUUGCUGCUAAUGUUAAUAUUAACAAUGUGAGAAAAAAUUAAAAAAAAGAAAAUCAUAUUUGUAAUAAAAAGAAAACAAAUACAGCAUAAUGAAGUUCAUACCAUCUUACAUCAUAACUAGUGCUUCAACAGCACAUACUUUUUUGCAUUUUUAGUAACUGUAUUAUUUCCAGCACAUCAUAUAAACAAGCAAGAAUAAUUUCACAAAUAAAAUGAACAUUCAGAACUAAAGGCGAUCCAAUUUAUUAUGUUAUGAAUGCUUUCAUUGGAACGGUAUCAUUACCUUAUGCAUGUCUAUAUCAGUAGCAGCUUCUUGGUGUAAGCAAGGUGGGCACUGCCUACCCUGAUGAAUAUGUACAAAGUAAAUAUAUUUCAUAAUAAAAAAAUUAAAUUACUUGUACAAUUUUAAUAUAGUGUAUUAUUCAUCUGGAAAUGUCUAAGAACAUUUCAUUAUCGUGAUUCGAGCCAUAUUUCAUUUCAAGUGUUUUCUAACAACCUCUUCUCCUGGGGAAUGGCGCUCUAGCGACCGUAGAACAGUAUGCUGUGCUUCAUACUUGACACAUGGGUGUUGUGCGUAGGCCAGUGAUUUCUCGUGUUGCCUACCCGCAUGGAAAACUAAGAUUUCCACUGACUUGAAAGCCACAUAGCUUACAGUUGUGUUGAGUCAACA